AUGAAUACACUCUUACGUUUAAAAGGGUUAUAUAAUAAUAAACACAAAAUAUGUAAUAACGUUUUAAGAAAGUGUUGUAGUAUUAAAGGGAGUAUAACCAAGAGUGAUAUUGAAGCAGUGUUAGAUGAGAAUUUAUUUUAUGAAAAUGAGGAAGGAAAAAAAGGAAAUUUAGAAAAUUGUUAUGUUAUAAAAAAUAUGAACAAUAGAAAUAUAGGCUUUGCAUGCAGAAGAGAUAUUUUUGAUAGUAUGAGUCUUAUUGAUGUGGGUUAUAUGAAUAAAUUAAAUAAUGAUACUAAAAAGAAUAGCCUUCCAAGUAAUGAUGUGCAUUAUGUGAAUGAAAAGAUGAAAAGUAAGUUUUUAGAGCAUACAAAUAAGAAAUAUAAUUUAUUAAAUAAUAUAUUUAAUUUUAAAACUUAUAAGGUUGGUGGAUCAGAAUCAUUUCAUAUGUUAGAAAAUAUGAGAAAUUACAAAUAUUUCAGCUCAAGCGUUGGAUUUAAUAAUAAUAGGAUGAGGGUUAAAGAUAAGAUGGGAACAAAUAUGGAUGGGGUUAGUGCUAGAUGUGAGAUAAAAUAUAAUAAUAUAGAAAAUAAAAAAAUGGAUAUAAAUAAUCAUAAUAAUAAUAUGCGAAAGAAUUAUGUGAAUAAUAAUAAAUUAAGUGGUUGUUUUAUAAAUAAUAAGGAGAGUAAAACUUUAAAAGAAAUAUAUAUGGAUAAAAAAGAAAAAGAGAAAUUAAUAAAGAUGUAUUUAUUAUUAAGUUUAUUAUUAAUGCCUUUUGGAUAUGUAUAUAUGUAUUGUAUUGAAAAUGAUAUAACAGUAGAAGAGUUUAUAAAAAUGAUGAAAAAAAAAGGAGAAAUAUUAGAAAAUAAAUAUAAUGAUUUAUUAAAUGAAUUUAUAGAUAGAUAUUUCCCUCUAAGUAGUGAACCUUUAUUACCAGAUUUUAAAGAUUUAAAUUAUCCAGAAAAUUUACCUACAUUAGUUAUAGAUUUAAAUUAUGUGAUAGCUAAAUUAGAAUAUGAUAGAAAAACGGGUUGGAGAGUAUUAAAAAGACCAUAUGCUGAUAGAUUUUUUAAAGAAUUAUCUAGCUUUUAUGAAAUUGUUAUAUGGUCAGAUGAUAAUUUCCCAGUAGCUCAAGAAGUAAUAUCUAAAUGGGGUAUACCAGCUAUUGGUUGUUUACAUAGAGAUCAAUGUUCUAAAAAAAAGAAAUCUUAUGUAAAAGAUUUAAAAAGAUUAGGUCGUAAUCUAGAUAGGGUUGUAAUGAUAGAUCAUGAUCCAAAGGCAUUUAUGUUACAACCCGAUAAUGGUAUAUUAAUAAAAGAAUUCCAUGGAGAUUUAAAUGAUAAAGAAAUGUUAUGUCUAAUUGAUUUAUUGAAAUCUUUUGCUAUAAGUACAUAUGACAUAUCUCAUUUUUUAAAAAAACAUGGUGGUGGUGAUUAUAAUAUAGGUAAAAGAUAUUUACAACAAAAAAGUGAUACUGAGCAAAAAUCACAACGUAUAAGAAAUAUUGGAAAAAUUUUUCAUCUAGAUAAUAAAAAAUCUCCAAACGGAAUUUCAUUGAAUUCGUAA